GGAUGACGCAGCACCUGCUGGUGGUGGGCGCGUGCCGGCCGCCGGCGGCUGCGGCACCCACAGAGCGGCGGCGCUACAACCGGCGCAACAACCCCGAGCUGGAGAAGCGACGCGUACACCGCUGCCACUUUGUAGGCUGUACGAAAGUCUACACGAAGAGCUCCCACCUGAAAGCUCACCAAAGGACCCACACAGGUGAGAAGCCGUACCUGUGCUCCUGGGAGAGCUGCAACUGGAGCUUCGCCCGCUCGGACGAGCUGACCCGACACAUUCGCAAGCACACGGGCGCCAAGCCGUUCGUCUGCAAGACGUGCCACCGGGCGUUCGGUCGCUCCGACCAUCUGGCGCUCCACCGGAAACGACACGAGCCCAAGACGAAAAAGUGAGCCGGUCGUUCGCUCGUCGGCGCGGCAAGACGGGCGAGGCGAGAGGCGAGAGGCUCGCUCGGCCAGCGCCAGCGUCUGGUGGGCUCCAGCGGAGCCGCCGGCUGCCGGCCCGCUGUCGCCGCGCCACACCGGCGCGCGCCCGGCGCCGAACGAACACACAAACAAUGCGCGUAGGCUUAGACAUCCGGGGCGCGGUGGUAUUUAUGUUACAAACCCGCGGACAGCGAAUUCGUCGCCGCUCGCGCUGAGCACGACCGCGCCGCCCGGAGGGAGCCGUCCAGCGACUGCAGGUUCAGCUCGACUGGAGGCUCUGUGCGGCUGCAUGCUCUGCGCGGCUGCUGGUUUGGUCCGGCUGCUGGUUCAGUCCGGCUUCUGGUUCAGUCCGGCUGCUGGUUUGGUCCGGCUGCUGGUUCAGUCCGGCCGCUGGACACAGCCGCGCGUGUGACCGCGGACAUGAUUGCUCCAAGUGCCAUACAUGUGCCAUUUUGUCAUUGUCGCCAUCAUGACGUCGCCUCCUUCACAAUGCGCGUCACGAGCGGAUAUCAAAAGUCCGAUCGCGACGUGCUUACGCUGGAGGUCUAUGCAGGCAGUGCCGGUGCAGGUGUUCAUAGUGGUGCGACUCGCUGUGUCUCAGGAGGCCAGCGAUGCAGGGGAUGGGAAGGGGGGGGGGGACAGCAGCCAGCUCCAGUGACGGAUACCCGUCACGGGCAUCCGCCGUUCAUCCGUCACGGGUACCCGUCACCGAAGGUCGAAGGAGCACUCUGGCUCCGUUGACCAGCGCUGGGUGUGUCUUCCAGCCAUUGAAUUCGUUCGUGCCCACAGGUCUAGCGAACAUGCCCUAUGAGUGGUCUUCAGGCUCUGAGCUCUUUCCGCGUGCGUAUGUCCUGUCUUUUCUGAGUGUGGCCAUUAGACAUGUGUCAGCACUCCUUCACUUUUCUUCCGGGCAUUCCUAUUUCUAUUCACCUGCCAACGGACAUGGACGCGUCACAACAGCUGCCACCACCCUGUUCGUGGGAGGGACGCCCCAUGUUGGCAAGCAUUUAUGCCAGUGGUGCCAAAUGUAGAGUAGUUAAACGUAUCCGUCCAAGUUGCGCUACUUACUGGGAGUGACUUUAUUUGCAUUCAUUCAUGUGUUGGAUGCAUGUGAAAUUUUUGGUUCGAUGCCCUACUGGUCACGUGCAAAGGAGGUACACACUGCUUUGGGACGCAUCCAAGGAAUCGGCCUUACUCCGGCUGUUAUCUAUUUUGCUGUGUACGUGUGAGCUCUAGUUAAGCUACAUUGACCGUUGCCUUGUAAAGCUGUCAUAUGCUGGCACAUUGGCGCUACGCGACAUGGUACAAGCUUUAUACAGCGUCACCGCUGUUUCUUCUAACGCAGUGCUGUGUCUGCAAUUGCACAUACCCCGGCUGACGUUGCCGAAAGUGAGGUGCUUCAGACGAAACGAAGCAUUUGUUUGGAACUGGAUAGGACUCGCACAUGCACCCACGGGAUAGUUCUGGACGCUAAACUCGUAAGCGGCUUUGAUGACGCCGUGCACAUGGUCUCCGACCCCCCGAUGCCCGACGAGGUCGCUGCCAUGGAAACUGUGCCCCAGCACCACGGUGCCGUUCCCUGGCCGGACAGGGCAGCACGGAGCGGUCAAGUUGCGGAGAAGUGUUGCUGUGACCCCGGUCCUGUCGUUCCUUCCGAAAUCGAGGCUGUUUCGGUGCCGCUGGGCGAGAGUGCUGCGCGGCACCCACCGUGACCCAGGUGCGCUGGCCCGGCGACAGUGCUGCUCGGCACCCACCGUGGCCUGGGUGCUCUGGCCCAGCGGGGCUGUUUUCAAGAGUAGUUCCUUCCAGCAAGUUCGGCCAAGACACCGACACUGCAUCCCGGCGACCUAGCCAACACGCGCAAAAGUCCAUUCUGGAUAUAUUCCAAGCGAACAGCCGCCCGCAAACGUCAGAGGUCCAGGUUACGUUGGGACGAAGCGCAAAUUGGAGAUAGGUCGGCGAGUGACCCAAUCAGCGCGCCGCCGAUCGCCUGACUUUCUGGCCCUCCAGAUAUCCAUCCCACCACGACCAAGGUAUACGAGGUCAGCUCCGCGGUAGGAUGGUUGGUGUUGCCUCCGUCACUGGAAAGGAAAUGCGCGGUAUCAAUUCUUCUGACAUUCAUGUUAUCACAUCUCGGUCACCCGAGGUCAGGUCCACGAUGCCAUCCGAGUCUUUCUCCAGCCUGCUGGAUUCUGACUCACGCCUAGCCGACGCCUGGAAUCACUGGGAGUCUGACACGCCGGAAGUCACUGGGAGUCUGACACGCCUGGAAUCACUGGGAGUCUGACAAGCUGGGAGGCACUGGGAGUCUGACAUGCCUGGGACCCCUGGGAGGCUGACAAGCCUGGAAUCACUGGGAAGCUGAUAAGCCUGAAAUCACUGGGAGUCUGACAUGCUGGGAGGCCCUGGCUACGUGCAAAACAGCAACCCAUAGCGCCCAAUGUCCGAAGCCGGGACUUCCUUUCUCCGAACGUCCAAACGCCGCAUAUGCAUCCGGUAUUCCUGGCGGCUGCCGCCGAGCGCUGCCGACACUGGGCGCCGCCUGGUACCUGGCACCCAUCCCACACAGACGGCCAUGCUCAGCAGGGCGUGAUGAGACAGCGCACCCUGUCUCUGCAUCCCGCCUGCAUUUAAGCUAGACAUCACGUCACUGCACCGCGGCGCGGCCGCCCACCUCAUGUCAACCCAGCGUGCUGCGGGCUCUGGCGCCGGCGCCGGCUGUGGAGCGUUGCAGGCGACGACCCCUCGCGCGGGCGCUCAGCCACUGGCCCUGCAAACGCCCAUCACAUGUGCAGCCUAGUGAGAUGAUCGGCCCUGCUGCGCUGGCGAGGCGGGAGCCAGUCUGUUCGUUUGACACGUCCGUCCGUCAGCAGCAGGCGUGGACCACGCUGGUCGCCGCGUCCACGACUGCCUUCCUCGCGCCGGGAAGGGCUUCGCCGUCGUCGUGCCCCGCACUUCGCGUGCAAACGGGAACGAACCAGACAUGAAGCUUACCCGCGCAGGGGACCGAGUCUAGGAAGUCCGUCGUUCCGCGCAUCCAGUGUCGCAUGCCGCAGCCGGUGGGAAGAUCCUUUUAUGGUGUAGUGUUGACAGCAGGAAUACCAAUCAUUUAAUGAUGCAACCAUAUUUCCCUGGCCACUCUUCAGUUCUCGGCGUCACAGUGCGAACGCAGACGCGUUGUCGGGAAUGGUGAGUCGCCUAUAGACUCAAGAGCUGCUUUUCGGGGCUGUUAUCCACAGAAGAGCGCCUAUUGAUCGCUACGGUCAUCCGGAACCAUGUUAGACGAGAAGUCGGCGACCGACCUGUUGUGAGCGACCAAGGAAAUCCGUCACAUUCGUUGUGUGGUGAUAUGUCAUGUAGGUUAAGGAGCGUUUGGGCCGUGGCUGGUCCGUGCGGUGGCCCGGCCUGACCUGAAUUCUGUUUAACUUUAAGAUAUGUUAGUCCACUGGCUGGUCUAUGUGGUUGUUGGUCGGAGCAGGACUCUCAAAUGUACGAUUUCCGUGAGCAGUUAGCAUGUAUGCGAUAUCCAUACGCAAGGGUGGUGUUAUUAUUUGUCGUGACAGUUCGGUAAGGACAGACAGGCAUUCAACAGUCAUUUUCAUGCCUUCCACAACAUGCAUUUUAAAAUAUUUCGUGUUCGUGCACUCUUGCGAAUGGCAAUCACAUCGUGUGACUGUACCUUAUGUGCUUCUGGGGGCGGGCAUGUCGCUACUGCGAAUGACACUUUCUUGAACUGCUCACUUUUCGCCAUGGCCGAUUUGUUGUUGUUCCAGUCGUCCAACUCGGCUUUUCGCUGCUUUUGUAUGAGUUCAAUGCGGUGUGGCCUCGAUAACCGUCCUGGUUAUCGUGGGAUUGUUGGGCCAUGCAAGACAGGUGGGAGGUGCUUGUUACAAACGUGUUAUGGCUCUGGUAGCUAUCCGUCCACGUUCUCGCAAGUGUAAGACACGGACCUGAACGGGGUCGCCGCGAUCAGCCCAGGAGUGGAUAUUGGCGAUUUUACGCACCCUCAAGCGUGUCUUCUGGUAAACUUCUGGGAAGGAGAACAGUCGGUUCUGACGAACUCAUGUCAUGUUUUGGAGGUCAUCUUUUGGUCCAAUAAACCGUCGAAAAUACUUGAA